AUGGCCGAACAGCUCCGUAAAGAUAUCGCAGCGAAGAAGGCGGAACAUGAGAAAAAGUUGAGGGAGGAGAGACGCGAGCACGCGGAGAAAGUGAAAGGCUUCUCUUCUCAAUUGGAUUCUGCCGACGACGUCUUCACCAAGGCGAACCGACAGAAGAACAACGAUACGGAGGUUCGUUCCUCGUGCCUUUUCUAAGCACCUGUCCCUUCUCAGAAAAAAAAGGCGCCAAUUUGGCUCAAAAAUCGGCGCUGGAGCCGUGCCCGAACAGCUCCGGCGCCGAUUUGUCUUUUUGGAGCCGUUUUUGAGCUUGCUUCUGCGCCGAUUUGGCGCUCUUUUGCAGGGAAACCAGGGUCGAAAAAUCGUUAUUUUUUUUUAUAUUUAUUUUUUUUUUAAAUUAUUUUUUUAAAAAAACUUUGCUUUAUUACAGAAGAACUUCACUCAACAUAAGUAUUAAUAAAUACUAUUCACAGUCACUAAGACAUCACAUUAUCGGUUUAAAAGUCGAAAAUUUACAUUAAAACGAAGGUGGUCUUGUACUCGGGUUCCGCUCGUUUACGCUUCAUUGUCACCGAUGCACGACGUCUCCUUGCAUUUUUCGCCGUUUUUUCAGUUCUGAAAAAAGAAAAAAAUUGAAUGAAAGCACGGAUUAGAUCUAUUCAUUACCUUUCCCGGUAUCCAACGGUUGUCGCUUGUUUUUUUGUCAUGUGCUGCUCUGAAAGUUGAUCAUCUCUCAAUCUUGCAAGUAAAUCAGAGCAAGGCAAAAAAUACUUGUAAAAAAAAAAAGAAAAAAUGUGACAGUGAAAAAGAAAAGCGCCAGAAAAUUGUGUGUCAGUAAUGAUUUUCUUGGCGAACUAGGUGUCGGCGUUGACGCCGAUUUGACGCCGAAUUAUCGCCGCCGGCGCCUUUUCGAUUUUAUGUGUCUCUCUCGAAUUCGGAAAAGACGCCGGUGCGGAAGUUGAGCCGAAUUGGAGCCUUUUUUUCAUGAGUUCUUUCUAGAAGCAUGAGGAACAGAUGAGAAAGUUGACGGCUGCAAAUGAGGCGGCCAACAAAGCGAGUCAGUCCCUUCACGAGCAGACUUUGAGCGGAAGACGCAAGGAGACCGCGGCAGAGCUGGGUAAGCAGUUCACUUUUCAACACGCCGUGUUUGGGUCCAGUCCUUCAUCGUAUUGUGUUUAUUGCAGAUGCGUUGAGGCAGGCGCAGGAUGCUCGCGAGAAGGAUCAAAUAGCCUAUCAAAGUGAGGAGAAGCAAUGGAUGGAGGAGACGAAAAGGCGUGCGAACGAAGAUGCGAUCGAGAGAAUCACCAUCGAAAAGGAACAGGUUCGCGACAAGUUGCAAUGUUCCCAUCGGCUCAAAACUAUUCCAUGUUUCUUGAGUUUGAAUCGAAGUUUGAAAUAUCUUGGCUCCAAGAGAGACAGGGAACACCCCAAAAUGAAAGAUUUUUGGCAGUUCUAUUCCGAUCAAUUCCAUUUCGGGGUGCUCUUGAAAGAUAUACAGAUCUAGGUCUGGUCCGAUCGGAAGAUUGCAAAUCAAAGACCUAAUAUAAUUGAUUCCCGUCCAGACUAAUCGAGCUCAAGAGCUUGCGGCCAAGAGCGAGAAAGAGCGCAUUGAAUACGCGGAGAACACUGAGAAAUCGAAUCUGGCGGAGAUUGGUGAGAUGAAAAAAGCGCUUCUUGAGACUACGCGCGAAGGUGGGAUCCAUUCCAGACUGGUAGCACACCUAUUCAUUCAUUUCAGAAAGCCAGCGGGAAAUCGAGCACCAUAAACAAAUAAGUGCCAUCGAAAAUGUGGGAAUUCUUGCUCAAGUUGGAAUGGACAAAGCCGCAGAGCAAAUGCAAAUGAACCGAUCGGCGUACGAUGCGAUUUCACAAGUGACCGAUGAGAUCAACACGUCGGCGCGCAAGUUUAGCGAGAUUUCGAGCAAAAUCAGAGUGGCGGCCAAGUUUAAUAAGGCGGAUCAUCUCAAGAAGCAGUACGCGGGCAUCAUUGUGAGUCUGACACCUGGGCAAGCCUCGGCCUCUUGCAAUAACUCUGUCGGAUCCGAUCCGUGCAGGCUUCUUCAACUUGGAUUAGAGUAUCUCGGGUCCAAGUUUCAGACCGAUCGGAUUAUCUGGUUCCGAGACCCGGCCUUUCAGGCUCACAUCCACAAAUCUCUGGACCAUAUAAUCCGAUCGGGCUGAGACUUGGACCAAAUAUGUUUGUGUCCGAUCGAAUUAGUGCAAGUGAGUGAAACUUCCAGACUGCCCCAGUUCUGCUUGUGUUUACUGAAGAUACUGAUGUUUAAAAAAACGUUUUCUUUCAGCGCUCGCUGGAAGCAUUCAAAACGAGUCAAGCGAACAUUUCGAGAAUGAUCACUGAGCUGAUUGAGAAGCCGAUUGACGAUAAGGAUAACACGAGACAAGCCACGAUGCGGUUGGCGUUGGAGGAUGUGGAUAACUUGACAGAUUUUUUCCAAGGACUUCAACUGUACGCUGACCCAAAAGUUAGCGACGAGAACUUUCUGAAGGAAACACUCCAAAUUGUGGAGGGACACGCCGACCACAUGGACUCCCUCAAAAGCAACUGGAAUAACCUGCCGCCGGUGGACCGCACGAAUCUGGUGCACGCGCAGUUCAUGGCGACAACGGAACUCCUGCUGAGUGGACAAAAGCUGGCAGUGGAGACGAACGGAUCACACAUGAUUGAAUAA